GGGGGGAAAGAGAGAGAGUGGGAGAGAGCGAGGUGACGGUUAAGAAGGAGAGGUGCGUGCACCGAGGUGUCGCGCGGUCGACAUAGAGAAGUAGUGGGGAUGUUACUCCGCGCGAGAAACGGAUCCCGCGGCAGUACGUCGGCAUAGCUCGAGCGGCUCGGAGCUGGUCGGUCCGAGGGAAUUCAAUUCGUCCAUCGGUCCUUGACCCACGACUAAGGCUUUUUUAAACAUAUCAAGUAGCGCGCUUAUCACAGGAAUUCUUGGUUGUUUUUUUUUUUUCCCCCUUAAAACAAAUACAAUUAAAUCAAUCGAGUUUAACGGGAUUGUUGUCAGUGUGUUUGUACGUAACGACGACACGGUAGUGGUGUUGGUGUUAAAGCAUCAAUCGAGCUUUACAACCCUUUGGGAGAAAAGCAAGCGCUCGCGUACAUAACCUGUACGUCCAAUGAUUCUCCCUCAGUUUUUUGCUUUGUUGUUACAAGGGGCCGAUUACACAUUGGUUUACGAUGUUCCUUGAUUAUUAUUCAAUAUAUUACGAGAUUAUUUUCAUUUGGUACAUUUAUUAUUCAGUGAAAGAUAUUGAACAUCGAAGUUAAGCCAAGUGUAUUUAAGACGAAGGAGAAAGAGAAAGAGAAGGAGGAAGAGGUGGAAGGAGACGAAGAGGAAGAAGAGAAAGAGGAAGAGGAUAAGGAUAAGGAAGAAGAAGAAGAUAGGACCAGUAUCAGAACUCACCACCAUUACCACCACCACCACCACCACCACCACCACUACCACCACCAUCAUCAUCAUCAUCAAUACCGUACCUGUUAUCUCAUCUUUAUUGAACACCAUCGUCAUUAUAAUUAUCAUCGUCGUGAUCAUCGUCACGCUAAGCGCAAGAAAAGCAUACGUCGUGUGUGUCCACGGCCUAGUGACCUGACCUUGAGUCGGCCCGACCAGGAAUUUCAAGAAUGUGAACGAUCAAACUUAAUGCAAAUGCCCAACAAGGCACGGCCUCGUCGUGAGUGGUCUACCCUGUCCCCCAUAGAUGUCUUGUGGAUGCCCCGCUCCGCCAUGAGGCCGGCCGAGGGCGACACGUCGGAUUGCAUAUUAGUUGUCGGUAUUUCAAGGCCAAAGAUGGCCGCGGCAUUUCUCUCGGUCGCCCUAUUGUCCCUCUUCCUAACAUUCCACGUACUUUAUGACAGCGCAGUUUACAGUUUACACGCAGCCUCGGCAGUAGAAGGACGUGCGGUUGAAUUGGUAUCCCAGGUUCGUGCAACCCCACCACUUUUGUUCUCCAGUAAGGUCCAUUAUCCGCGUACGAGCCGUCAUUUACCACAAGCUAUCAUUAUUGGCGUGAGGAAAUGUGGAACGAGGGCGUUGUUAGAGAUGCUUUACCUUCAUCCACAAAUACAAAAGGCAUCCGGCGAGGUACAUUUCUUUGAUCGUGACGAUAAUUACGGGAAGGGACUCGAAUGGUAUCGUAGGAAAAUGCCCUAUUCCUUUAAAGGUCAAAUUACCAUCGAGAAGAGCCCAAGUUAUUUCGUUACGCCUGAGGUACCAGAGAGAAUACGAGCCAUGAACGCCAGCGUAAAGUUAUUAUUGAUCGUGAGAGAACCCGUUACCAGAGCCAUAUCGGAUUACACUCAAUUACGUAUCCAUGCUGCUACUGCUUCGACCUUGAUUAGCAACAGCAAUAACAACAAUAAUAAUAAUAAUAACAAUAACAACAAUAACAACAAUAACAACAUCAACAGCAAUGGCACCUCGUCGUCACGUAACAACUUUAUCAACAAUCAACUAUCCCAACAAGUUCAGGCAACCCGUACCUUCGAGGAAUUGGUGAUACGUCCUGAUGGUACCAUCAACGAAUCCUACAGGCCAGUCGCCAUUUCGCUCUAUCACACUUAUAUGCACCGUUGGUUAGAGGUAUUUACAAGAGAACAAAUAUUGGUUGUGAACGGUGAUCAAUUGAUCGAAGAUCCAGUUCCGCAAUUGAGAAGGAUCGAGAAUUUUCUAGGUUUAGAGCCGAGAAUAGGUAGGCACAAUUUUUACUUCAAUCACACUAAGGGCUUCUAUUGUCUAAGAAACGAAACGUCGGAAAAAUGUUUGAGAGAGAGCAAAGGUCGUAGACAUCCAAGAGUCAGUCCGGUUGUUGUCACCAAACUUAGAAGGUUCUUCAACGAACAUAAUCAACGCUUUUACGAACUCGUUGGCGAAGAUCUCGGCUGGCCCGAGGAAUAGCCAUCGUAGAUAUUUUCGAUUUGAUGUUCGUUCUUUGAUUAUUUACAACGUGUUCUCUCUCUCUCUCUCUCUCUCUCUCUCUCUCUCUCUCUCUCUCUCUAUCUCUCUCUCUUUUUCUUCUUUUUUUCUUCUUUCUUUUCAUGUUUAAUUGAACGCUAUCGUCUAAUUGCGAUAAUUUAAUCACGGUAUAUAUGUAUAUAUAUAUAUAUAUAUAUAUAUAUAUAUAUAUAUAUCGUAUAUCCGUUAUCAUGUUCUCUAUAAGUCGUUUUAUAAAAGAUCAAUGAAACAAAAGUCAAUUCGUCUUGUCGGAGGUUUAAAAUUGUUAAAAUCGUAAAAGAAAGAACAUCGUCAUAGGUAUGUAUUAUUUGUAUGGCAAAAUUAUAAAGCGUUCAUCGAUCGAUUCAAAAGAUGUAAUUUCUCGCUGGCGAGGAAAAAAAAAACGAACGCUGUAGAUAAAUAAUACUUAUCGUGUGACGAUAGUUAUCGAACGAUCUCGUCGAUCGUAAACGAGAGUACGUGAUAAGUUUCGAGAGAAAAAAAAAAAAAAGAAAAGAGAGGAAUCUCCGAUUCGAAGAUGGACGACAUCACGUGACCGUAUUCACGUGACCAAUCUAUAGAGCCACGUGACUUUUAUUCCGAUCCCACGAACCAGAACGGCGUUCGCCAUUUUCACAUUCAUCCAAAGACAUAAUUCUAAUGUGCGGCGUAUCUGAUCGUCACGUUGACAAAAUGAGAUUCUUUUUCUUUCCUUUUUUUUUUUUUUUUUGUUUUUUUGAUUGAUAAUUUGAAAAAAGAAGGAAAAAUAAUGAAUCGCAAUGAUUUCAUUCUAAAAAAAAAAACUAGCCAAACUAAUUAAUUAACAUACAUGGUUAUGUUGUACAAGAAGAUUCCGACAAGAUGGACGACACGUCACGUGACCAAACAAACCAUAUGAUUCGGACGCCAUAACGACGUCCAUCUUAACCAUCAUUCAGGCCACACAUGACGUAGUGGACUAUUUUUCAUUGAUUAAUUCAAGAAAAAGAAAAAAAGAAAAGAAAAAUAGGAAAAACAAAAAAGAUCGAAGAAAAAGUGGGAGAGAGAGAGAGAGAGAAAGAUAGAGAUAUAGAGUGAAAGAGAAAGAGAGAAACGUGAUUUUUAAUCAAGAACGAACGUUGGGGUCAGGAUUAAAUACUUCCAUCAUACUUUGACAUUGGUGGUAUCAAAAAGAAAAGAAAAAAAAAAAAAAAAAGAAAAAAAAGAAACAAUACGGUGCUAAUGUACUUCCUACGAUGAUCCUUCGAUAUUUUUAUUUUAAUUUUUCAUCUUUUUUUUCUUUUCUUUUUUUUUUUCUCUCCUUUACACUUCUCCAACCGAGCGUAUAUAAAUACGAUUAAUAUUGAAGGAUUGAAAGUGUUCGUCACGAUUUCGUGCUCGAUUCAAAGAUUUCAUAUAAUUUUUCUACAUUACCAUCACCCCAUCCCCCUCAAUACGCAUACCAAUUCUUCUUUAUCACAACCUUACAUCUUUUCACGAUCGUUUCAAGAAUUAACACUUAAAUGAAUUUAAUUUAAUUGAAAUCGUAUUACUCUGUUAAUGCAUUACAUUUUCGCAAAAUUUUUCAAUUGGGAAUGAUUAUAAUUAUUGGUAAAAGAAAAAAAGAAAAGAAACAAAUUACGAAUAGGGGAUUGCUGCAAUUGGAAAAAAAAAGAAGAAAAAAAAACAGAAAAGAAGAA